UAAUUAAGGAGGCAGCGGCAGGAGGCUGAGUCCUGGCCGCGGGCCGGGGCCGGGGCGCCGCUGGCAGGAGCGCUUGGGGAUCCUCCAAGGUGACCAUGGCCUUGUUGGGGAAGCGCUGCGACAUUCCCACCAACGGCUGCGGGCCCGACCGCUGGAGCUCCGCCUUCACCCGCAAAGACGAGAUCAUCACCAGCCUCGUGUCUGCCUUAGAUUCCAUGUGCUCGGCGCUCUCCAAGCUGAAUGCGGAGGUGGCCUGUGUUGCUGUGCACGAUGAGAGCGCCUUCGUGGUGGGCACCGAGAAGGGGAGGAUGUUCCUGAGCACACGGAAGGAGCUGCAAUCAGACUUCCUCAGGUUCUGCCGAGGGGCCCCAUGGAAGGAGCCGGAGGCAGAGCAUCCCAAGAAGGUGCCGCGGGGCGAGGGUGGCGGCCGGAACGUCCCUCGGUCUUCCCUGGAGCACGGCUCGGACGUGUACCUUCUGCGGAAGAUGGUAGAGGAGGUGUUUGAUGUUCUUUAUAGCGAGGCCCUGGGAAGGGCCAGCGUGGUGCCCCUGCCGUACGAGAGGCUGCUCAGGGAGCCGGGGCUGCUGGCCGUGCAGGGGCUGCCCGAGGGCCUGGCCUUCCGGAGGCCAGCCGACUACGACCCCAAGGCCCUCAUGGCCAUCCUGGAGCACAGCCACCGAAUCCGCUUCAAGCUCAAGAGGCCGCUUGAGGAUGGCGGGCGGGACUCAAAGGCCUUAGUGGAGCUGAACGGCGUCUCCCUGAUAGCCAAGGGGUCUCGGGACUGCGGCCUGCAUGGCCAGGCCCCCAAGGGGCCACCCCAGGACCUACCCCCCACCGCCACCACCUCCUCUGUGGCCAGCUUCCUGUACAGCAACGCACUCCCUAACCACACCACGAGAGAGCUCAAGCAGGAGGCGCCCGCCUGCCCGCUUGCCCCCAGCGACCUGGGCCUUGGCCGGCCCGGGCCUGAGCCCAAGGCGUCUGGUGCCCAGGACUUCCCCGACUGCUGUGGACAGAAGCCCCCCGGGCCUGGUGGUCCUCUCAUCCAGAAUGUCCACGCCUCGAAGCGCAUCCUCUUCUCCAUCGUCCAUGACAAGUCAGAGAAGUGGGACGCCUUCAUAAAGGAAACCGAGGACAUCAACACGCUCCGGGAGUGCGUGCAGAUCCUGUUUAACAGCAGAUAUGCGGAAGCCCUGGGCCUGGACCACAUGGUCCCCGUCCCCUACAGGAAGAUUGCCUGCGACCCAGAGGCCGUGGAAAUUGUGGGCAUCCCCGACAAGAUCCCCUUCAAGCGCCCCUGCACGUAUGGGGUCCCCAAGCUGAAGCGGAUCCUGGAGGAGCGACAUAGCAUCCACUUCAUCAUUAAGAGGAUGUUCGAUGAGCGAAUUUUCACAGGGAACAAGUUUACCAAAGACCCCACAAAGCUGGAGCCAGCCAGCCCACCGGAGGACACUUCUACAGAGGUCUCCCGUGCCACUGUCCUCGACCUGCCUGGGACUGCUCGGUCAGAGAAGAACGGUGUGUCUGAAGACUGUGGGCCAGGUAAGGAGACGCAGAACCCUGCUGUGUGUGUCCUGGGGUUAGAGGGCAUCUGCCAGCCCCACCCGGCAGCCUUGGGGAGGAGACCAGCUCAGACCAUGAGCUGGGAGUACUGCCUCACGAUCCUGUCUGGGACCGGGGACAGCGCCCUGUAUCCCUCUGUCCCCAAGUGCUCCCUGCAGGAGCUGGCGGGGGAGCAGAUGGGCACCGGCCGGGAGUGUGGCAGGCCUGGGGUCCACCUGUUCCACCGCUUUCCAGCUCCGCUGCACGUCGUGAAGGCGUGGCUUCCUGGCACCCUCUGCUCUCUUUCAGAGAAAGGCCCCAGCGAGGACCCCCGGCCUGAGGAGAGGCCCACAGAAGACAGCCACGGUGACGUGAUCCGGCCCCUGCGGAAGCAGGUGGAACUGCUCUUCAACACGCGAUACGCCAAGGCCAUUGGCAUCUCGGAGCCCGUCAAGGUGCCCUACUCCAAGUUCCUGAUGUACCCGGAGGAGCUGUUUGUGGUGGGGCUGCCUGAAGGCAUCUCCCUCCGCAGGCCCAACUGCUUCGGGAUCGCCAAGCUCCGGAAGAUCCUGGAAGCCAGCAACAGCAUCCAGUUUGUCAUCAAGAGACCCGAGCUGCUCACCGAGGGAGUCAAAGAGCCCAUCGCGGACAGCCAAGAGAGGGAUUCCGGGGACCCUCUUGUGGACGAGAGCCUGAAGAGACAGGGUUUUCAAGAAAACUACGACGCUCGACUCUCGCGCAUCGACAUCGCCAACACGCUGCGGGAGCAAGUCCAGGACCUGUUCAAUAAGAAAUACGGAGAAGCCCUGGGCAUCAAGUACCCGGUCCAGGUCCCCUACAAGCGGAUCAAGAGUAACCCCGGCUCGGUGAUCAUCGAGGGGCUCCCCCCGGGAAUCCCCUUCCGAAAGCCCUGCACCUUUGGCUCCCAGAACCUGGAGAGGAUUCUUGCAGUGGCUGACAAGAUCAAGUUCACGGUCACCAGGCCUUUUCAAGGACUCAUCCCAAAGCCUGAUGAAGAUGACGCCAACAGACUAGGGGAGAAGGUGAUCCUCCGCGAGCAGGUGAAGGAGCUCUUCAAUGAGAAAUACGGUGAGGCUCUGGGCCUGAACCGGCCUGUGCUGGUCCCUUACAAACUGAUCCGGGACAGCCCGGAUGCCGUCGAGGUCACGGGCCUGCCCGACGACAUCCCUUUCCGGAACCCCAACACAUACGACAUCCACCGGCUGGAGAAGAUCCUGAAGGCCCGAGAGCACGUCCGCAUGGUUAUCAUCAACCAGCUCCAACCGUUUGCAGAAAUCUGCAAUGACGCCAAGGUGCCAGCCAAAGACAGCAGCAUUCCCAAGCGCAAGAGAAAGCGGGUCUCCGAAGGGAACUCCUUCUCCUCCUCCUCCUCGUCUUCCUCCUCCUCGUCCUCUAACCCAGAGUCCGUGGCGUCUACCAACCAGCUCUCACUCGUGCAAUGGCCAAUGUACAUGGUGGACUAUGCCGGCCUGAACGUGCAGCUCCCGGGACCUCUGAAUUAUUAGACCUCAGUGCUGAAUCAGGACCUCACUCAGAAAGACUAAAGGAAAUGUAAUUUAUGUACAAAGUGUAUAUUCGGAUAUGUAUCGAUGCCUUUUAGUUUUUCCAAUGAUUUUUACACUAUAUUCCUGCCACCAAGGCCUUUUUAAAUAAGUAAAAAAAAAAAAAAAAAAAAAAA